AUGGGAACACGUGAUAAACUUGAAAGUGAUGAAGCCGGUAUCGAAGUAAAUGAGACGAUGUAUACAGAAAUCAUUGGAUCACUUAUCUACAGGCAGGGCAAAUAUUGUGUUCAAUGGUACUUCAUUGAUAGGAAAAGCACCUCAGGAAUGGCUCACUUGCUGGGAUCAUUACUAAUCCCAUGGGGAACCAAGAAGCAAAACUCUGUAGCCUUGUCAACAGCUAAGGUUGAGUGUGUGGCUGAUACAUCAUGUUGUGCACAACUUUUGUGGAUCAACCAACAACUUGAAGACUUUGGAAAUGUUGCUAUGAAGUUCUGCAGGAUUGAAGAUCGAAUAGCUGACAUCUUCACCAAAGCGUUGAGAAAGGAACACUUCAUCAAGAAUAGGAUGAGUUUGGAGAUGCUCAGGCUGAACUGA